AUGUAUCAGUUUACAUCGUCAUCAAUGCUAAUUCUUGAGAGAUGUAUCGACUUGGCUAAACAAAGAAAUGAAACAAAUCAGUGGAACCAAAAAUUCUCACUAAAAUCAAGCUAUUCCAACGAGUUUAUAAACAAUUUAGAUGCUAAAGAAGGCGCUCAACUCAAAGAAUUAAAUUACGCGCACGAAGAAAUAAUUUUAGAUCCUAGUAUUAAUAAUGAACAGAAAUAUAAAGAUAUCCUAACAGACCCUAUUGCAUAUAUAGAUGUAAUUCUUGAAGAAGGCAGCCUAGACAAUAUAUUAUUAAUAUUUUUAUCUGAAAAUUUAACAGAUAUGGAUGUUGAAAGACUUAGUGGCCACAUAUUAGAAGACAGGGUGAAUUUGAGAUUUAUUGAAAACUUUUUUACAUAUUUUCUUCCCAAUUGUUUUAAGAGAGAGAAUUCUAGGCUAUCCCUAGAUUUACUGAUCAGAGCAUUUAAAAGUUACCCUGCAAAGUUUCACCUUUUAUUACAGAGGACUUUGGAUACUGAAAUGGAUUGUCAUAUUUUUCAAGAAUUUACAUCUAUUUUAACACCUCAGGAACUAAGUGCCAUCAUGAAAAGUUUUAUCGAAUUUGAUUUAUCUGUUGAUGUACUUAUUAGGCAUAUGUUUGCUUUUGUAAGUUGCUAUAAAUCUUGUAUCAAAGAUGUAAAAAUUAAUAAUUUUGUUGUUGUCAAAUUGAAUGAAGCAGCUGAGAAGUGUACUGCAGAUAAACAAUAUGGUCGACUUUUGUUGACAUAUUUGCAGAAUAAAAAUGAUAAUUUCAAAUUAAGUUUAUUAAAGAGAAUUGUUGAUAAUCACAGGUCACCAUUUAAAAGGCCAUGUUUGAAUAUGUUGAACGAAUUGGUUAAAAGAAACGAAUGA